CGGAUCUGCCGGAGAGAAAAUGACGACGAGUAUUCACAUCACAGCUCUCGACGGAAUCGUCAACGUGAACUCUCUCUUCACACUCGCCGUAUUCAUCGGAUUAGCUUGGAACCCUACCGAUCCAGACAACAGCCUCGUAACCGACCCUAAUUGCGUCCCCACAGCUCGUAUGGCGGAGAAUCUCGUCGCCUUCCAUGUCUACUCUUUCGCUUCGUUUCUAUUCUCAAGUCUCAUCGCUCUAGGUCUCAAACAAGCUAUGAGGCUCAACAUAGCUUCUUCGUUUCACAUAUCUACCCGAAUCGAUCCUGUGGUGUACUAUGUGAACAAGACUGCUCUUAGAUUUGGGAUGGUUAUCUCCGGUUUGGGAUCGGUUUGUGGAUGUGGGUUUCUCAUGUUGGCUUUGAUUAAUGUUGUUCAGAUCAAGCUGGGGACUUUGGGUUGUGGUGCGAGUGGUCAUACUUAUGCAGCUGUUGUGCCGCUUGUGAUUCUGGUUCCUUCUGCACUAUUUAUCUAUGUUUCUCUUAUGCUAUAUGCUUUUACUCGUUAGAGACAUGGAUUUGAUUCCAUGAUUGAUACAAUUAGGAUUAUGUUUGUAUGAUGAUGAUAUAUGAUGGAAAUGAGAAUGAUUCUAUGCUUGAUAUGGUUCUUAUAAAUCUUUGGUUUGGCUUCUGAUUUAAGUUUAAUGUCUGAGUUGGAUAGAUGAUAUUCUAGAUUUGAUUGGAAUUUAGGCACUUGUGUGUGUUUAUCAGGAAUAUUAACUGGUGGAUUCAUACUGAUUCGAUCCGAGGAAAUGGGUAUGAGAUUAUGCUGGAUUCUGAUGCUUGUUUGGUUUGAUCUCUUGGAUUAUUGAUAAAGCAGAGUUACUACUGUACAAAGAAAGUUUUUUUUUACCCUACUUGGAAUCAUUCAUCAAAAAUAGAGAACUUUUCUGUGUUUCUAGUUUUGUGUCUUCUGACUAAGCUAAAUGAUUGAUUUCCUCUGUAAACUAUCCCAUUCCCACAUAUCUCCGGAACUGCUUGAGCUGAAUUGUAUGCAUAAAUAGCUUUUGAGGACUGAAGCCGUGAUCAGUGAUCUUCAGCUUAAAACUUGUUCUCACUGAAGGCUCAUAAUACUACUGAUGGUAUACAAUUGGUUGUAAGAUACAGAUAAGACCAUACUUUUGAAGCUUUUUCUUUGGUUUGUGCUAUUCUUUUGUCAUGUAAAAACACCUCUUUGCUUUCUCAAAGGUUCAAAUGAUUAGCUUAGAGACUAAAGGGCAGCAUGAUCUUACUUUAGAUUAAAAUAACUAUGCACUU